GGUCAAAUUUAGGGGAUUCCCCAACGCGUGGACGAAAAGUAUAGAAAUAUUGUGCUGGCAAAAUAGAUACUUAACACCCCCGGCAGAAAUACAUGUGAAUUUUUAACUGUGCAAUCAGGAGUUUCGGGGUAAUAAGAUCGGAGAAGCUCCGGUUGGCUUUGCUUCCCUCUGUGCUGCUUUGAGGUGCUAGAGAAAGCCAUCAUGGCUGAUCUUGUGGAGAACGUGUCUCUUCCCCUCAGCCAGGAGUCUUUCGAGGACCUGUGGAAAAUGAAUUUGAACCUGAUGGAAGUUCAACCACCUGUAACCGAGGCUUGGGUGGAAUAUGAUAAUUUCAUGAUGGAGGCCCCUCUCCAGGGGGAGUUUGAUCAGAGUCUGUUUGAGGUGUCUGCACCCCAGCCCUCCAUCUCUACCCUGGACACUGGCUCUCCACCUACCUCCACCGUACCAACCACCUCUGACUACCCCGGGGCCCUGGGGUUCCAGCUACGUUUCCUCCAGUCCAGCACAGCCAAGUCCGUCACUUGCACAUAUUCUCCAGACCUGAACAAGUUGUUCUGCCAGUUGGCAAAGACUUGUCCAGUUCAGAUUGUGGUGGACCACCCCCCUCCUCCGGGGGCAGUGGUACGAGCCCUGGCCGUCUAUAAGAAGUUGAGCGACGUGGCUGACGUGGUGAGACGCUGUCCUCACCACCAGAGCACCAGCGAGAACAAUGAAGGUCCUGCCCCACGAGGUCACCUGGUCAGAGUUGAGGGGAACCAGCGAGCAGAGUAUAUGGAGGAUGGUAACACUCUGAGACAGAGCGUGCUCGUCCCCUAUGAGCCGCCUCAGGUGGGAUCAGAGUGUACCACUGUGCUAUACAACUUCAUGUGCAACAGCUCCUGUAUGGGUGGGAUGAACCGCAGACCCAUCCUCACCAUCAUCACCCUGGAGACACAGGAGGGGCAGCUCCUGGGCCGGCGCUCCUUUGAGGUGCGUGUGUGUGCCUGUCCUGGUCGAGACAGGAAGACAGAGGAGAUCAACCUGAAGAAGCAGCAGGAGACAACCCUGGAGACCAAGACCAAGCCUGCCCAGGGAACCAAACGCUCUGUGAAGGAGGCCUCCCUGCCUGCCCCUCGGCCUGAAGUCAGUAAGAAGACCAAGUCCUCCUCCCCUGCUGUGAGUGACGAUGAGAUCUACACUCUUCAGAUCCGAGGGAAGGAGAAAUAUGAGAUGCUGAAGAAGCUCAAUGACUGUCUUGAACUGAGUGAGUUGGUGCCUGCUGCCGACGCUGACAAAUACCGUCAGAAACGCCUCACCAAGAGAGUUGCCAAACGGGAACUCGGAGUGGGGCCAAAGAAAGGGAAGAAACUACUGGUGAAGGAGGAGAGGAGCGACUCUGACUGAGAAGGAGAGCGAGUCGUCCCAUGUCAUUUCAGCAAGCCAUGACACCCACCAUCCGAUUGUUCUGAAAUUGUUUAUUUAAUUAGAAACAGGUAAGAUUGGCAUUCCUAAAACAUUAUUUUGUUGAAAUGUCAUUUUAUCUUGGCGAAAUUAAGCUAAUUGAUUGCACCCAAAUUGGCCGUUUUUAAUUGAUAGGAUUCAGAUCAUAUUUAAGAAAUAUAGUACCCAACAUCCGAUUUGGAUCAAACUUCUUCCUACCAAUGAGUAAGACAUGAAUAUCAAAAGCCACCCA